UCAAAACAUUGGCGCGGAGACUCGUGAGUGUGGAUCGUGUGGCCUGCCUUGCUAUGUGUCGUGUGGCCUCUGACUGGACUGUGUUGUUCCCAGAACAAAAACAAGGAAGGGAAACCAUAACCAAGCUUGUGUUGUGUUGUGUUGUGUUGUGAGGAAGGGGAGAAAUUUUGAUGGUGAUGAAUCGUUGCCUGGAGAGUAUUGCAGCCAGCCAGCAGUGACUCUCAUGCACUCAGAGGGGGAGGGUGUAGCGUGUGGAUGCCAUGCUCACUCACUGCUGGGCCAAUGCUGGGAAGUGAUGCACCCACACAUGUGAUGGACAGGCAGGCACUGAUCUACCCAAGUGAAGCCGCCCACUAAGAACAAGAAAAUAAAGGAAGCUGCAAGAAAACAUCAAGCUUACACAUGGCAGUCCCUGUAUGAGACAUGCCUACUACAUGGGUUUUCAAAUUGGACACAUGGACAGCCAGCAUGACAUCCAGCAGCAACAAGAAGGACCUUCCUCCUCACUGGAUUGUGAAAACUUCCCGUCAUUAUCCUUCUCUCUCUUACUAUGCCAAUGUCAAAACUGGCCAGUCAUCAUGGAAACAUCCAUCCCUCUUGAAGGAGAGUGAGCUAAAAAAUUUGACCAAAAAGAAAGGUAAAAAAAAGUUGAGAGAAGAUGAUCCAGAGGUGAAGAAAGCCACUGGUGAGGAGGAGGAACAAGCAAAAUCUCCCACAAAGGGAAAGUUUACUCCUAUUGGUUCUGGCCCAUCCACUGCAACUGUAGGGAGUACCCACGAGCUGAAGAAUGAUGCUGGUGAUGGCAAAGGUCUCAAGACCAACCAAGUGUCUAAUGUUAACACUGGGAAUGAUAAAUCCAAAACAGUCAAAUUUACUAUCAAAAAGAAAAAUGUUCUCAGCACAUUCUCAAACACAAGCAAUUCACCAAAAAAGUCUGUAGCAUUACACCCCAGCAUCUUACUGGCCCAGAAGAUUGCCACCAGAGACUUGAACUUGAAUGUAAAGAGGAAAGUGGAGGAUAAAAAAGAAGAUGAGAAAGCAACUCAUACAGAGCUUCAGAGUGCAAAGAAGAUGAAAAGUAACAAAGAAUCUUUAAAGCUUUCGGUUGCUGCCAUUCAAACAACAGAAACAGAUACACCAACAACAUCAGAAAAUCACUCAAAGACCAAAGAAAGUCAUGAGACUGAGGAAAUUAAUAAGAGUGUCUCAGGGGAUAGAAAGAAAGAAUUUAAAAAGAAGAAAAAACAAAAACACAAAAGACCUAAAGAAGAAAGUCCCUUUCAUCAGGUGGAGAAGGAAAGAAACAGUAAGCAUAAAGAAGAAACAAGGAAGACUCAAAGUGAAAUAGACCAAAUUUAUCUUGAUUUUGUUGCACGUAAAAGUAAUCUGUGGAAAAUCAAUAGAUACAACUCCCAUCAAGAUCAGUCUGUGGGGACCUUUCAGCCAGAGUUACAUAGAGAUGAUGACCACAACAAAGUACCGUCUGCCAAGAUGAGGUCAGAAGAAAAGCAGGAGGAGGAGGAGGAGGAAGCACCUGUUUCAUCAAAAGAAGUGCCUUAUACAGACAGUCCUAAAGUGUUCAGACCAGUGCCAGUACCAUCAGAGGACAGUGCUUAUCCCAAAGUUACAGAAAUGGAGAUAGAUGAAGCAGAACUCAACAUGGAAAUUGCCAACUUUCGUGGUUCAGCGAGUUACUCUAGAUUGGCUCUUAGUGAGGACGUGUCCAGCUCUAACACAUGCCUCAGCUCAACAUCGUUGUACUUUGUGGUGGAUACCAAUGUCCUCAUACGAGACAUUGACCUCCUGCAGGAGCUAAAAUCAACAUCAGUGAAUGGGCGGGAGUCUGUCGUUGUGGUGCCAUACAUAGCACUUCAGGAGAUGGAUGGACUGAAGAAGAGUCCUGCUAUUGGCCAGGCCUGUCAGGUGGCCGUGCGGUGGUGCAACCAGCACUUUGAGGAACAGCAUCCCAGAGUACAGGGACAGACAUAUUCCAACUAUCGCAUCACCGUGGAGGAAAACAAGAGAGCAAGUGCUGAUGACCUGGUUCGAGACUGCUGCUUGCUGCUGGCCAGGGAAGGGCUGGAGGUGUGUCUCCUCACCAAUGAUGUUAACUUGCGUAACAAGGCCCUCAUGUCAAACCUCUCAGCCUUCAGUGCCAAAGAUCUCAGGACCAAACUUGGAAAGCUCUCUGCUGGACAUAGAGAUGCCUCUCCAGGACCUUCUCUGGUUCUAUCAAAGUGUGAGGAGUCAAAUAUGAAAGAUGUCAGUUUGAAUGAAGUUGAUAGGGUUGUGAGUGAGGUAGCACCCUCCACUGUUGUCCCAAGGCAGCACCCAAAGCAGCACAAGCACAGACCAGAUCAGAAAGUCAGAAGACCCAGCUGCUCCAUGGCACCUGAAGACACAUUACUGUUAGAGAGGAUCACCACCUCACUGCAUCACACCCUGAGCAACAUUCUGCAAGAUGUGAUGAAGGAAAUCUAUGAGGACUUGUGGGUGACCAUCAUUAUGCACAAACCUCCUUGGAGCCUUAAAGAUUUGUUUGCCUGUUGGGAGAAGCACUGGAUUGCUGCCAUGACAGAUAGGUUUCCCAGCAGAGUGAAGGAGUUACUGGCAGAAAUCAACAAGUUACUCAUCGCCUCCCAGGUUGAUGUGCAGAAGCUCCGAGCCAGAGUACAGCAGCUCUACUCUUACUUUAAAUCAAAAUCUUACAGCAAGCAUGUUCUUCCAGUGCAGGAUUCCUCCUCUGUUGUUGUGGACAUGUCAGAAACGCCCCUUUCCCCACGUACCUGCAGCACUCCGCCCUCUGUUGAUGGUGGGGAAGACUCCCAUCAGUCCAGCACCAUGAGUGGAGUGAUCAAUGUGGAGAAGAUGAUCAAUCAAGUUGGGGCUCAUGUAACCCACUUUGUAGCCUUGGUAUUGACCACCUUUGGUAUGCAACACAACUUGCAGACUUUGUCCAGCAUCAGUGAGUGUAAGGUGCUGACACCAGACAAUGCAAGAACUAGUGGCAUAAACCUUCACAAAGUUAUCAUGAGCUUGGGCACAGCUAUCACAAGAUGUCUCAAUGAGAGAACCUCCUCGGCACUGCAGGAAUUGGGUCAUAUGCUCAGUAACUUUUGGUCAGAAGCUCAUCUGCCAUGCCCACACCUGCCCUUCACAGAGUGUGACCUGAGGCAAUUUGUGGAGAGUCCCAGCAGUGCACAGUACCUAGGGUGUGUCCUGCAGGAGUUAGAGAGUCUGGUGCAGCAGCUUACACCAGUUCUGGCCAACCUCUGACUACUGUUGUUUACUUGCUUUGUAUAUUUCAUUAUCUGUUUUUGUUUCAGGAUGACUCCUUAACAAUUAGCCUCCAUCUUGGUUGUAAUUCACCAACUGUGUAUACCUGCUGAUCUCUUAUAUUUCUGUUAUUUUCACUUGUAAAUCAUUUUAUAUAUACAUUUUUUUUUUUUUUUUUCAGUAUGUCAUUCUAUUGAUAAUCAGUCAUCCUGUUUGACUGUUUACCAUAGUCAGAUCUAUCUCAUCUACACCACUUCAUUGUUUAUACUUAUUUCAUCCUUUUACCUUGCAUUUUUGUACAUAAAAACAAUUGCCAGUUCAUGUUGCCUUUGAACAAGUGGUGCUCAGAAUAUUGUGAUACAGUACAUGUUAAGGAUUUAGAGGUACUUAAGAGAUAAAUUAGUAAUUCAGAGAUGUGUGUGUGUGUGUGUGUGUGUGUUGCAGAACUUCCUUUUUGAUAACUUGUGAAAUGUAUUGUAACCUUUUUUUCUGUUCCUGACAAAACAGCUUUAGUAAUGAAGAACAUAUAUUGAUGUAUGUGAUUACAUCCCACUUAUGCAGAUCUCCUUUCACACUUUAGUUCCUGUUCAUCAAGCAUAGUAUGAUAAAGGAAUACUACUAGACAAAUCAUUUACAUACUUUUUUAUGGAAAGGAUGUGAAUAAUAAUCAUGUUUUCCUGUUUUGAAUUAAUACUAUCAAAUUUAAUGUUUUCGUUUGCAUUUCUUAAUAUCCAAUUUAUAUGCAUAUCUUUAUGACCUUCAAUUAUUUGUUGCUAAAAUGUUGUUUUUCUGUGUAUAUAUUUUCUUGUCAUGCCUUCUUCCACAUACCAUCCCCAAGUCUUCUUUGGUCGUUACUCUCAUCUCCUUCCAGCUACCUCCAACUCUUGAGUACGCCUUCCUCCUCCUGACAUGCCAUACUAUCUUAGUUUAUACCUUCUCAGCAGUCAUUACAUGCUCAUCACUUCACCAUUGCACACCUUGUCUUCAACCAUUCAUGCUGUGUGCAUCUCAGCAUUCUGCAGUCAUUAUUUUUAUCAUGUUCUCUAUCUCUUUUAUUUUACUGGCCACGUUUUAGUACUACACAAUAACACUAACCUCACACAUGCACAAUAGAUAUUCAUCUUGUUCCAUAAUGAUAUCUUGCUAUCUUUCCUUUUCUCUGCAUAGUUCCUCUUCUUAUUCUCACAGCUGCUUCUGUUCACACCACAUUUCCCAGAUAGUAGAACUAAUCCACUAUCUGUAGAUUAUCUCCAUCUCCCUCCAGUGUUUCUUCUUCCUCUCUGUGUUGCUGACCCCCUCACUCUGGGCACCUGUGGGUCUCCACAGCUUGAAUCACAUUUUUUAUCCUUGCAUAUCUCUUGUGACUCUACUUCCCACAUCCCAUGCUCAAGAUGGAUUUAGCACCCACACCUCAACCAUGACAACUGCAUGAAUAUCUUCCUCACUCUUGCUUUCCCUGGUGGUAUCACCCUUCAUUUCCAUGUUAAUGUCCAGACCUUCAGAUUUUUCCUCUCUAUCCCAAUCUUUCAUUUGGCAAAUCUUUCAAUUGCUUCCUCUCUGCCAUCUCCUGUUAUCCCCAAAUCUUUAGUGUAUUGUAUAAUAACUCACACCAUCCUCUUUUAUUUUUCCCUCUUUGCCUCUUUAAUCUCUAUAAAAAGCAUAGGACUCAUGUCAGAUCCCCUAAGGAACCCCAGAUUCCUCUCCUGCCUCAUACUCAUUUGUUUCUUGGCUCAGUCCUCACUCUUCAUCUUGUGUUCAUGUACAAAGCCAUCAACAAACCAACCAAUCUAUCUAGCACUGUCUCCUUAAUGUAUGUUUAAACUCUGUUUUGGAACCAUUUUACAUCCCUUCUACAAAUUGACAAGAUCCUGAAAUCCUCUCUUCCCCCGUGCAUACGUCCCCUGCACUCGUCUUACUAUAAAUAUUGCAUCUAAUGUUGAUCUUUCUUGUAUUCAACCUCAACUUCAAUCAUUCCUCUAAAAUCUCCUCUCAUAGUUUCCAUGCUCCAUUAAACUCUCUUCAAAAUAUUUACCAUAUCUCCUUUCUCUCUGUAUUGUGAAAGUAACUCCCUGCUCAACUGGCAUCUCUUCUCUGCCCUGCACCUUGCUAUACACAUUUCUUAUUCUCACAAUACCAUUGUUUCCAGCUGCCCUCAGUACAUCACUUGACAGUUCCAUUGAUCCAGAUGCUUUCCCUUUCUUCAGCUUCUCCAAGGCAGUCUUGACCUCUUCCUUUGUAACAUUCUUUUCUAGAUUUUCUCUUUAGUUUCCAUCUCCUCUUUCAUGUGGAUUCACAUCAUUCAAUAGUUUUUGAAGAUAUUCUUUCCAUUUCUCCCUUACAUCUUUUCCAAGAUAUUCCCAUUUUCAGCCUUGACAUGUGUGUAUAUAAAGCUCCAACAACAUCCUUUCUGUAUCAUUCUUCAUCUGCUUGUUUUACUAUCCUUCUGCACCAUCAGUAUCUUAAUUCCACUCCUGCCAUGCUGCCUCCUUUGCUGUUACUGCUGCUCUCUCCACCAUUCUCCAUCUAUCUAGACUUCUUAUGUAUUCUCCUGCUUUCCUUAGUUUACUUUGCUUGCCUUUCUCUGUGCAUUCUCUUCUCUGAUAUUGGUUGUUUCAUCUCCUCACACCACAGCCAUGUUUCUCUCUCUCCUUCAGCCUAGUUCUUUGUAUUCUCCCUCACACUACCACCUUGUUUCUUUCUCUUAGCUAAGUUAUUCUCCCACAAGCCUCUCUUUUCUUACCUCCAUAAAACUGCAUUAUGUCUACCCACUCUCAUCUUUACCAGUUUUCUCUACCAGUUUCUUAUGAAAUUCUCUUCUUUUGUUGGGAUCCUUUAAUUGCCAUACCUUUAUCCUCCUCCCUUUUUCUUUUUGGUCUUUUCACAUCCCUUAUCAUUAGAUCAGCACACAGUCUUAAGCUCUUAAUGUUCAGUUGCCUGCACUGCAUUAAGCACUCCUGUUAUCACUUUAUAGUUUAUUAACCUCAUAUCCUCUCCUCUUGUCAUUCCAUUGUCUGUCUGUGUGUCACAGUUCCUGUACCACAAAUUCAAGGUCUAUUCUCUCCUAGGUGAACAUGAACUGCAGUGUGAAAGGGGAACACUGUCCUGUCAGUCCUCACUUAGCUUAAGAUUUCCAAGCAAAAAAUUCACAAGUGAAUGAAAAAAAGAUUCAUUUGCAGUUGCACAUGUCCCUUUUAUAAGAAUUCUAAAUUUUUAAGCAUUAAAAGGAAGAUAGACAUGUGUGCCCUUCAUGAUGUUGCAGAAGGUUUAUUAUGUGCAUUACUAUAUGUGAUGGAUAUCACUGCUGACUUUACUCAAAACUCAAAACUCCUAACCUGCAGUUCUCUCUGUUAUGAGUGGAGUACAUGAACUACUGCAUUACUCAGUCAUGGUAAUUGGUUUAGAGACUAGUAAGUCAAGUCAACCUGUCAUACAACAUUGCCUCAUUACCACAUAAGUACAUACCUGCCUUGAGUAAUUUCAUUGUCAUAAGAAAACAGUUCCUGUGAGAAAUAUUAUGUUUAAAUUUUAGGCAACAGUAGCCUUCACAAUGAGACUUACAAAUUUUAAGAUCAUCUACUGCUAACUACUAACAAUAGGAAUACAGCAUAAAUUUAGUCACACUACAUUAUGUAGGAGUUUUAAAUUAUUUAUAUUUAGACUUCUGCAAUAUCCAACUGUUUCUGUAUGGUCAGCAUGCAGAAAAAAAAAAAUGUUUGCAGCUGUUGUCUUUAUUUUUGGUAAGUAGGGCAGAUUUGUUAGUGAUCAUUGUUAAAAUUUAAAUUAUUGAGGCUUACAUGAGGCAAAACCUACUACCUCUUUGUAGUUGCCAAUAAGGUGCUUUUAAGGCUUUUGUGUACACAUACAUCACCUGAUCCUGGCUUAUAAUAGAGUUGUAAUCAGAAAAUCCAUCAUAAAUUGAAAAUGCCAUCAAGUUAAAAUUCUAUUUGAGCUGUAUUAUGGUAACCAGUAAUAUGAAACCAUACUGAGUUGACAACCCCUAAGACAACCAUGCAGUCCAAUAGUGUAAGGAUUAGGUUGCUUGACUCACAACUGAUAGAACCUGAGUUCAAAUUUUAUGUAAGGCAAAGACAGCUUGGCCAUUUUUCUCCUUUCACACUGUAGACAAGUUCCAAGAUGCAGAGUCAGCAUGGCAUCACCACCACCCUUCCAGAUGCUUGGGGGUGGUCUUUGCCCUACACCAGAAUCAUAUAGGACAGUGGUGAUAAAGUGAAUCACAAACCAUAAAUCCAUAGGGAUUUUUUUUUUUUUUUUUUUUUUUUCAAGAAUUUUGAUUAGAAGUGCUUGACAUUAUUUGCUAAAUAUGGUAAUUUUAUUUAUUUAUUUGUUUUUUUAUUAAUGUAUUUAUUUAUUUAUUUAUUUAUAUGUUUUAUUUAUUUCUUUUAGCAGGGGCACAUAUAGGCACAUAUAGUUAUUAAAUUCUAAUUCUAAAGUUUAUGCUGAAUGCCCAUUGCUUUCACAUCAUACCAGAAUUAAAAAUCAUUGAAACACUACACUGAAGUUUUGGACUUCAUAUAACUGAAAUUCCAACUGUGUUGACAAAUUUUUGGAUAUAGCAGCCAUUAUUGCAAUUGUAGAUUUUAUGCUUGGUGAAGUUCAGGCAGUGGGUAGCAAAGAAAACAUCAUCCUGUCUCAUUACGGAAAUAAAAAUGCAGAGAAGCAGAUCCCUAUCCCCCUUGCCUCAUCCCUCAUAGCUGCCUUUUAAGAUGCUUAGGGAAUCUAUUGGUGGUAUUCUUCAAAUAUGUAUGUCCAGCCCAUGUCCUCAUACACACACAGACACAAUUGUAACUGACAUAUCAUAGAACACCAUACUUUACAUCUGGUGGCUAUUACUAUCAUAAGCAAACCCCAAUAUGCUCUUUCUUUUUCUCAUUUAUACCAUACACACACAUGAAAUGAAGUUGAAAGAAAAUAAGAAAUGCAAAAAAAUCAUCUUGCAUCUAAAGGCACCAUCACACUGUCACCUCUUGAGUAGAUGGUUACACUUUCAGUGUUGUCUUGUUUGUUCCAUCACCAUGUGCUAGCUGCUUUCAAGUGGAUGCCAUUGUCUUUGCAGAGAAAGUUAUCAUCAACCUCCAGAGGCAAAUCAAAAUCCAUGUAAAUAUUCAGAGUAAAAUACUAUUGUUUGCAAGACAAUAUUUAAUACUAAAUAAAUCAAGUAAUAGUACAUGUUACAUUAAAUUAGUGGUUUUAUAACAAGUAACAGUGUCUUGUAUGAAUAGAUUGGUAUCUAGUUCUUGUGGAGGUCUUUCUGUUUUAAGCCAAAUUUUAGUUCUUAUGUGGACACAAUAAAUCAUCCUAGGUGGUCAUAUCUCUAAGAGGACUUAGAGCUUAGAGCUCAGGUAGCUUAGAGCAAACAAAACCACCAUUGCCUCUGGGACCACAAAGAUGACAGAUGCCUCAAGAAAGGUUUUUUUGCAUCCCAACAAGUCGGUCAUGACUUUACCUAGUUUACCUAGUUUGGUAAGUCUGCAGUUGACAAGACAUAAGUGCAGAGAGAUGACUACUUGCCCUUGUGUCCGAGUCAUGUUUGUUUGCAGUUGACAAAAAUGCAAACAAAUAGUAGUUUCUGUGAUGUGCAUUCAAGAAAUUGUCUAUUUUCAAAAUGUUGAGAAAGUUACAGAAAAGCUACUAAUGUGACAGCACACUAAUGCAGCCAUAUAAAUAAGAUGUUGGCACAGAAUGCAGAACAGUGUGUGGUGUGCUGUUAGUGGCAGUGACGAAGAUGAGCUGUACCAAGCAACAAUCCAGUGAGCACAGAAGCCUACUAACAAUUUCACCUCUCAUUUCUAAUGUAACAAUACCAAAUUAUUUUUCCCCAACAAACAAUAAAUAACUUCCAUAACUAUUCAAUGAAUAUAUAAAAAUUUUAGAAACAACAUCCUUUAUGAUGAGUGCUGAAAGUCAGUCAGCAAGCAAAGGCAGAAAUUAACUGCCUUCUUGCUAAAGACUAAGUAAUACAGCUUUUAUUUACAGUAAUGUAUACCACAGAAAAAAAAAAGAUGGCUGAGCUUGAGACUGAAAAAUAUUAAUAACAGAAAUAAAAAAGAAAAUUUUUGAUCAGUCAGUACUCUAUUUCUGAUAAUAAAUCUGUAAGCAGACCACACACUUAUACAGCUGCUCUAACUACAAAAGAAAAGUUAAUGAAGCUGCUCUGAUUAGAGAUGUCUUACAGUGUUUUCCUAAUAGUUUUACUGCAGAUAUUCUACAAGGUUCAAACACAUGGCAGAAAAACAACAAUUUUUUCUACAAAAUAUCAGUAAAUUCUCUUUCAAAAUCUUGUAAGAUAAAGAUAUGUUUUAUGUAAAGGUGUACCCAGGUGCUGGCAAACAUGGCAGCUUCCACACACACACACACACACACACACACACAUUAUCAUUACGAUAUAUGGUGUGAUAUACAGACCACAGGAUUCCAUAAUAACAGUCAAAUACAUCUUAUGAUCAAGAAGUGGACAUUACUGGCAAAUGAUGUGUAGUGGGAAUCUUAUUUAAAGUGUUGUAGUCCUUCAGAUAUUGGCAAGCAUGGAUUUCCACUGCUGUAUUGCAUCACCACCACUCUACCAGUGGUUGGGAUGGGCUCUGCCUGGCAGCACACUGUGGCUGGUUGGAGGAAUAUUGCCACCAUGUCCCCUGUGCAAGUCAGUGAGGCAGCAUGACAGGGCUGGGGAUGUUGCUGCUUUGUUCUUAUUCCCACAGUGUGACAGGUGUGAUGCCUUGUCUUUGUAACCUUCCUUUCAGGGGGAUCUGACCCUGGUGUAUAGAUUAAAGGAUGAUAUACAGUAGGGUAUGCAACAAUGCAUGCUCGUUAUAAUGUACAACUGCAAUAAUAUACUGAAAUUUUGAUAAAUAUUUAAUCAAAUAACAAAUCAGAACUGGUAUAACAAACUUGUCUCAUGUGAGCACUGAAAUUUUAAUUAGAAAUUCAGUCACAAUAAUGAACCCAAACUUGCAAGACAAACUCGCCAUUCCUGUGAGCACUGAAAUUUUAAUAAAGAAUUAAUCAGAAUAAUAAA